AUGGAACAUGAAACUCAUAAACAGAUCUUUAUAAAGACUUGGGGAUUCCUACAUGAUAAAAAUGCCAAAAAGAUUGGUGUUUGGGGGAUGGGAGGAGCAGGAAAAACAACUAUCAUGUCAGAGAUUAACAAUCGCCCAGUGAAAGGAAGUAGUCAAUUCAAUUGCAUUAUUUGGGUGGAAAUGUCAAAGGAUCUAAAGAAGGUGCAGCAAGAUAUAGCUGUGAAGUUGGGUUUGACUUUUCAAGAGGCUGAUGAUACAAGAGCAAGAGUUUCAAAAUUGUUAGAAGCUUUUAAUAGGAAGAAGACAUUUGCACUGAUUUUGGACGACGUUGGGAACCAUUCUCUAUUGAAGAAGUUGGAAUUCAUGUGCUAA